AUGACUGUUACAUACAUCCAAUCGGCUGAUUCUCCCUAUGGCGAGACCAUCGUAGUAGCAGAGUUGUGGGGUCUCAACUCGUCCGUCGAUACCAGCCCUGUUAUUUCUCGUGGAAUUGUCUCGCCAUUUGGCCAAGCCCGCAAGCAUAUAUUCAGGUCCAUCAAGCAGAUGCUCAAGCAGCGACAAUUAGGCCAUAUCGAUGUUGUUCAAUACAACAUUUCAAAUCCCGAUGAGCCGCUGGCGGAAACUAUGAGAGCGCUGAAUGACAUUGUCCAAGCUGGAUACGUCCGCUAUGUUAUUAUUUCCAGCUUCCACGUAUGGCAGCUCAGGGCGAUGAGGGUCUACAACGAGGCCAAUGGCCUGACCCCGUACGUAUCAUUCCAAGAACUCUCAGGCUCCACCUGGGAGGAGCCGAUGGCACCUCCACUAGAUCGCAUGGGAAGCGAGGUCACCUCUAUUGGUUCCCUUGAAAAACCCCUCUUGUUUGAGUCGCUGGCAUAG